AUGGAUUUGCCGCCAAGUGAGCGUCCUGCAAUGCCGGAGAGUGGGCCUCUUGCAUUUCGUGCCCGAACAGUGCUGCUUGAGCAAUUGCGAGAUCUGCACAGGCAAGAGCAGCAACAGAAAAAGAGAAGGGGUCAACUCCGUCCGUCGAAUAACGGGCCGCAAACAGGAACGGAGAGUAACAACGACGACGAUAGUGAUGACGAGUCGGAUAACUCUGCCCCUAUGGCGGUACGAUUUGUGCGCGGGUGUCCUCCGCUCACGGAUCCCUCAUGGGCGAUGGAGGAGUUGCUGCGGAUAGAUCCGAAUGUGGCGCUGUGGACGGGCACUGGCUUGUCCACUGCCGUCUGGGCUCCUCCCGGGAGUGGUCAUUGCCCUUUUGGAACGACACAAGCGGAUUUUAUACGACACCGCUAA